UCCACCAAAUCAAAAUGAAAAAUUCUCGAAUGCUUAUGCUUUUCGGAUUGUCUUUAUUGGGUUUCUUUGGGAUUUCAAGUUCCUUCAAGAUUAAUACAACGAACCCCACUUACAACGUUAAUCUUGCACCUUUUAUACAAGAUCUAAGUGCAUACUAUUGCCUACUCAAUGUAUCUUCGGAUUGCCCGGGAAAGUUCACACUCCAUGUAGGCGGAUGGUUGAACAUAAGUGCAAAUGAGACACAAGCAUUUUGUGAAGGAGGUUGUGCACAACACACUCAACAACUUCUUAAAUGUGUUAAGUACGUUAAACAAAAUUACGUGUUUCGAAACAAAGCCACUAUCAACAACCUAAAUGACACCAUCAACAUUGGGUGCACUCAUGGUUUUAAUGGGACAAGUUUGACCAGUGCCAGUGGCUCCGUGAUUGCAACUGCAUCAUCAUUUUCCGUUUUUGCCCUUUUGGCCCUCCUAUUAUACUAGAACUAGAAAACUUGUUUUAUUUAAUAAGCCGACUGUUGGUUUUAUAAAACUACUAUGUAUAUAGUGAAAUAAGAGGAGGUGCAUCCACCAAGUAAUUUGUAAUGUAAUGCUACUACAUACCAAUACUGUUAUAGCAUGGAAAUGAGUUUUUACCUCAUUUGGUGAAAAAUUAUG